AGGUAUAUUGAGUUUGAAAGUUUCUUAUACAUUGCUACUUCAUAUUAAUGCUUGACUGUGUUUUAAUGCACCAGGAGUACAGUGUGCUUGAUUACAAAGAGAAAGUGGUUGAUGGUUUCUAUGAUUUGUAUGGGCCUUCCACAAAUUCAGCACUCCAAGGAAAAAUGCCAUCUCUUGCGGAUCUUGAGACAAAUCUUGGGAAUUAUGGCUUUGAAGUUGUGAUUGUCAAUUGAACAAUUGACCCUGUCUUAAAAGAGUUGGUGCAAAUUGCACAUUGUAUUGCAUUAGAUUGCCCUGCUAGUGACGUUAGUGUUUUAGUCCAAAAGCUUGCUGAAUUUGUUACAGGCCAUAUGGGUGGACCUGUUAAGGAUGCUAAUAUAAUGUUGGCAAGGUGGAUGGAUAGGAGCAUGGAAUUGAGAACAUCUCUUCAUACAAGUUUAUUGCCUAUUGGGUUCAUUAAUAUAGGAUUGUCUCGGCAUCAUGCUUUACUUUUCAAGGUAUUGGCUGAUAAUAUAAAGUUACCUUGUAGACUCAUAAAAGGCAGUCAUUACACUGGGGUUGAGGAUGAUGCUGUAAACAUGGUAAAGCUGGAGGAUGAAAGGGAAUUUUUGGUUGAUCUCAUGGCAGCUUCUGGGACACUUAUACCUGCUGAUAUUUUUAGUGCAAAGGAUACCGCGUUGAAGUCAUAUAAUCCAUCACUAAGCAAAAUCCCGACUAUUCAGUUUUCUGAUGAUGUUGGAGGUGUUCACCCGAGAGCCAAAUUAAAUGGUGAAGGCAGUAGCCAAAGUUCUGCAAUUAAUGGCGGUUUUCCCUCAGAUAGGGGGAUCAAGUUCAAAAAACACAGAAUACUUAUAUUCAUUCUCGGGUCCAAGUGGUGACUCUGCUGUUGUCACUUCCAUAAUAUCUAACAAAAUGUCCCCUAAUCAGUUGGAUCAUCUUCCUUCUACUGUAAUUGGAGCUUCACUUUAUAAAGGGAGUUGUGGGACCAAUCCUACAGUUGACAGUGCAAGGAUGAACCUCAAUGUGGUUCCAUACAGUCAGAGUAGUGAGGAUGACUCUAAAAACCUUUUUGCAGAUCUUAAUCCUUUCCAGAUAAAAGGGACAGAUAAAACUUACCUGCAGAACAAAUCUACCGAAAGCAAAGUUGAUGACCUUCUAAGACAAAAAAUGAAUAUUGUCAUCUGUC